AUUUUAUUUAUUUAUUUAUUUUUAUUUCUACACCGAAACUCUGCACUCGAAAGCCGGGGAAGGUCACAUCCUCCGCGUCUCCGUUCCCGCAUAAUUUUUUCUCUCUGCGAUCGCCCGCAUGGACGCCGGGCUCCAGCGUCCGCACGCCGACGAUGGCGGCGCCGAGGCCGAGGCCGAGGCCGAGGCGCUCGAGCUCGUGCUCUUCCACGUUGGCGAGUGCUACGUGUACUUGAUACCUCCGAGGAAGAGCGCGGCUUCGUACAGGGCUGAUGAGUGGAAUGUCAACAAAUGGACCUGGGAAGGGGCACUAAAAGUUGUUAGCAAGGGAGAAGAAUGCAUUAUCAGAUUGGAAGAUAACAAAACAGGAGAGCUAUAUGCUAGAGCUUUUCUACGGGAAGGUGAACCACAUCCUGUGGAACCUGUAAUUGAUAGCAGCAGAUAUUUUGUGCUUCGCGUUGAAGAGAACAUUGGUGGCCGAAACCGACACGCUUUCAUUGGUAUAGGUUUCCGAGAGAGGACUCAAGCUUACGACUUCCAAGCUGCUCUCCACGACCAUAUGAAGUAUUUAAACAAAAAGAAGACCGCAGAAGAGAUGGAACAGCAUUAUCAGAGUACUUCAUCAGUUGACUACAGUCUAAAAGAAGGAGAAACUCUGGUUCUUCAGCUGAAAAGUUCAACGCAGAAAAAAGACAACGAAGCCAAAUCUGCAUUUUUCGAGCAAGGCCUGAACAAUCUUUCCCUGCAAGAGAGAGCAAAUACGAAAGAGGCCAAGUUCUCUUUGAAACCUCCCCCUCCCCCAUCUACACCAGUUUCUCCGAGUAGUCCUGUUCAGAGAUCGCCAACUAGCUCACCACGGGCUCUCGCCACAGAUGCCAAUUUUCAACCUGUAGUAAAUUCACCAUCUAAAGAAAUAUUAUCUUCCGCAGAAAAGAAUGAUCAGGACAAUGUGGAUGAUGAUUUUGGUGAUUUUCAGGCGGCUGGGUGAAACUCCCUUUGUAUGAUAAGAUGUUUUAUUGCUUGUCACAGUACAAUAUACUUCCGAUAAAUGAUGCACAAAGAGUUCUUCAUGUUACAGCUGUUUUCUAUCACAGUGCGACAUACAUGCUUUACUAUGUAGAUUGCAUUGUAUCUUUAUUUCUUUUGUUCAAUAAGGGAUAUCUUUUACUGGCGUCAGACUCGGUGGUUUGGAUGGGAUCUGGAAACGAGGAUGAAUGGUCAUCUAUGAUGUUAAAUAUGGUUUAAAAUGCUCACUACGUGGAUUGCAGUGGGCCGCUGCAAAUUAUACUUCAUGGCUAUUUAAAGGAUUAUUAUUAUUAUUAUU